AUGUGGUUGUACGACAUCCUUAUAACUUUCCAAAUAUGGACAAGCUCGAGAGACUACGACGAACCGCACGCCAACGUGGCAAUAUCGGCAACCUAUAUCCUCCCAAACGCCUUCACCCUGCCCAUCCAAGCAUAUGUAUAUAAAGCACUUGGAACAUUGAUCAGCGAAAAUGCUGCCCUAUCGGCAAUCCCGGUCAAAGUCGACAACGAUACCUGGUUCUUCCGGCUCCCAGAAAUCGACCUCAGCCAGACUAUAUCCUUCCAAAAGCGUACCCGCGACUAUCCUGCUGAAGAGAAGCCAGACACUGAACUGUGUGAACUGCUGCUACUUCCCUGGCCUCGGGAGAGGCUACAAGACAGCUGGACUUUCUUCCUUAAGCAGUUUUUCCAGCACAAAAUAUGUCCCUAUCGCGAUCCGGGUCUUUGGACAGGUCCGAAGUCAUUCAAAUCAUUCGACAUUGAGAUCCGCCAAAUCGUUAUCUCCGAAACAGUAUCUACAGCGCUAAGGAAACGAUGUCGUCAGAACCAGACUACUAUAACCUCGGCUAUACAUACGGCGGUUGCACGCAGUCUCCUUGCGCAUCUGCCAGAGGAGUACACAAGACUAGAAGCAAUCAGCGCCAUGUCGUCUCGUCGAUGGCUGAAGGAAGAAGAAGGGAUCACGGAUCAGUCCAUGGGUAUGGAUCAUUAUUCUUCUGACAGCUUUCCAUGGGAGGUCACGAGGACAUCCUGCGCAACGAUAAAACAGGUGCUCAGUCGCGAAGGAAAAGACACUAGUGUGGGCUUGCUCAAAUAUGUGGAUAUGUGGAGCUAUAUACAGAGUGAGAUGGGCAAGGACCGAGAUGUAAGCUUCAAGACAUCGAAUCUGGGGGUUGUGAAAUCAGUCCAGGAAGGAGAGUCGUGGCCGCAGAUCAGACGGAUGAUGUUCACCUUGCAAUUUGAUAGGCCGGCUGCACCUUUGGCCGUGUCUUCUAUCACUGAGGGAGAUGGCUGUUUGGUCCUAGGGAUUAUAUGGCAGAAAGGCCUUGCAGAGUCAGAGAUGUUUGAGGGUUUUGUUGAUGGGAUUGCCACGGAGUUGCAUAAUGCUGCGAAAUGACUUAUCAAGUAUGCGUUCAUG